UUGCAGGCAGCACAACUCCAUCAGACUGCAAAUUAUGUGCAGGGUGAACGAGUUCGAUUUGACCGAACGGGACAUUUAAACGAAGAACUUGAAUUUCGUCGUGCUCCGGCACCAGUGCAAUUCCCAACCCUGUUGUCCAAGAAAGAACUGCUAGAAAAACUACGGAAACGAAGCGAACAUCGUGAAGAACAAAUUCAUGAUAACGGUGCCGAGAUUGUUGAUAUUCCAGAAGUGAACGAGCAGGAUUACAAGGAUGCAGUAAGGGCAUUCCGGCAAGGCUGCGUUCGUAUCUCUGCUUUGCGAGUUCUUAAUGAGGAGAAGUGUACUUCCGCUAUCCUUGAAUACUACUAA